AGGACCUUCCUCUUAAAUUUAUGGAAUUAAAUCACUCAUGUAGAGGCAACAGAUCGUAAAUUCUUUCAGCUCGUUGCUUCGCGGGUUUUGUUUGUAUACGGCUGUCAAAAAAACGUAAACAAAUGCCGUGAGCCGUUGCUAUUUUGAAUCGCCAGAAAGCGCAAUGUUGUGUUGGCGUGCGGUGCAAUGUUAAUUUCGGUUUCCAUCCAGAAUGUGUUCAGUGUGGCGUUUUGUUAAUGUCGUAUGGUUUAAGUAGUGUCUAAGAACGUUGCUCGAAGCUGCCUACAAUAAUGGAGAUUGAAGCACGCCACAGCGAACUGCGAAAGCGGCUGGAUGUGCUGGGCUUUGGCCAUCCGCUGCCCCUAAGCGCAAUCGGAAUCGUUUCGGCAAUUUUGGACGAUCUCAUACAAACAUCGGAAAAGCUGAAAAAUGCCAACCACAAAAUCGAACUGCUGCAUCAGGAAAAAGCUGCCUGGGAGCUUGGUGUGGAACCGUACAAGUGUGACAACUCCCGACUGCUGGCCGAAUGCAACGAGCUGCAUCUGGCGCUGAUCAAGCAGCAAGAUAAACACAUCCUGGCGAACACGGAGCUGCGAUCGCGCGUCCGAUCGUUGCAGGCGGAAAGGAAGCAGCUGGAAGAGAAAUGUCUCCAGGCGGAGUGUAAGAUCCGGGAGCUGCAAGCCACAGGCGCUAGCGAGUGUGUGAAAUCGCGCAAGGAUAGCACCAACAAGCAGCGUAAACCAUUCAUAUCAACCGUACGAGCGGGCACGUUUUACCAACCGCCAAAGUGCUGUGAACAGGGUAUGCAACAGUCCGGGGCCCUACCGCCGACGUGCCGCUGUCCGUGCAACCAGCUGAAGCAGGUCGAACGAUUGCGCGUUGAGACGGAAAACCAGCAAGGUGUCAUCGAUGCCCUCAAGAAUCAGGUAAAUUCCCGCGACAGGGAAAUUCAGCGACUCGGGGCACUGUUUGCUGGGGGACGUCCAGCUGCGGCACUGGCUAAAGAUUGUUGCUAUCGUGAUGUUAACGAGCUUGGGCAUGACGUUGCUACGCUGCAGCAGGAAAAGUUAUCGCUGAAGCAAGAGCUGCACCAGCUACAGGAAUCACACGAACGCACUGCUCGCAAGCUUACCCGCGUGUCGGAAAAGAAUCAACAGCUUGAGGAGGAUUUGCGUAAAUUUGAAAAUGUCGCCCUGAAGGUAGAGUCGGAAGCAAACCUGAAUAUUCUUGAGCGCGAUCGCAAAAACUCCGAUCUCCAGGUUAAGCUACAGCAAUCGCAGUUGCGCGUGCGGGAACUAGAAUCACUCGUGGAGCUGUGCUCCGGUGCAAACAAAGUCCAUCACUUGUCCGGUUCUACCUCUGGCUCAUCCUCAUCUGUUGCUGCUGCUGCCUGUGCCGCGGAUCCUACGCUGCAAAAUGCGUUAAAACAUGCGGUGGAAGAAAAGCGUCAGCUUUACAAGCAACUGAACGACUGGAAGGAUCGCGAACAGUCGCUUCUGGCGGACUUUGAAAAAGUGAAAUCGAAAUACACCCGACUUAAGCAAAAGUAUUCCGCGCUCGAACAAACACAACAUCAUCCGCGUCACGCAAAGUCUAGCAGCGCCGAGAGUCAGGCUGAGCUACACUCCUUACAGUAUCGAUGUACCGAACUGGAGGAGAAACUGCAGCACGUGAAGGAAGAGCGCGAUCGGUAUAGUUCGGACGCGGAACGUCAGCGUAGCGUUGUGACGCAACUGAAGCGUGAAAGCUUAGAAAAGGACCACGAACUGGCGGACCUGAAGAGUGAGCUUCACACGCAGCGAAAGCUAAACCCUCGACCCACUACAACGGCCAGUUCCGGGGCGGGAAGGUUAAGGACGGCAGAUUCGAACGGUUCCGUCCAAUCGUCGCUUUCCGUGCAGGCGGCCAUUCAUCGGAUCGAGCGGGAGCGGGAUGUGGCGAAGGGUGAGAUCCGGCAGCUGGAACAGGAACGGGAUGCUUUGCGCGAGAAGCUAAAACUGUCCACCCGCAGUCAGCAGAGCGAGCAGACCAAGCACGACAAUGCGAUGGCUGAGUACGCCGGACAGAUGGCGAAGCUGGAAGCGGAAAAGCGUGAACUGCACGGUGGGCUAUCGGCCAGCAAGAUGAAUGUGAAGCUGCUGAAGGAAGAAAACCGGGAACUGCAGAGCCGCGUGAAGGAGCUGGAGGAGAGCUACAGUCAGCUGAAACUUUCCUACUCUCAUCUGAAAAUCCUGCAAGAGCAAGCCGAAACUGCCCUAAUGCAGUAUCAAAAUCGUCUACUCUGCACCGAAACGCAGCUAGGUACGACAGAGAGCAAGCUACUGCACGCCGGCAGCAACGCCGAGGAUGCUCAGCAGGAGGUUGGCAAGCUGAAGGCCGAGAUCAGUGUUCUGAAGGCUUCGAAUGGAGCGCUUGUACGAGAGAAGGACAAACUUUUGGUUGACCUGGACAAGAAGACGGAAAGUUUGUACGCGAUCGAAGCGGAACUGUCCGACCUGAAGGCGAAGCGGAAAGAUCUUCAGGCUACGAUCGAUAGGAUGCAGCGGAAGCUUGACAACGUUAGCUCGGACAACAUCCACAAGGAAAGCACACUGCGAAGCGUUUCCACCGAAACCGACACGCUUAAAAAGCAGAUGGCGACGUUGAAGCGCAAAAACGAUAACGCUUCGACAGAGAAUGGACGCCUGUCGAACGAGCUAACGGACGCGCUGGCCGAGCUGACGCUAACGAAGCGGCAACUUAAGGAUUCGCAGCAGGAAGUGGAACGGAUGAAAACGCAAUUACGCGAAUACGUACAGGAGAUGCAGCGUGCCGAAGAGUUGCUGUCGGAGAAGGAACGUGAAAGAGAGCAGAUGCUCGACCGUUACAGAUCCCUUUCUGAAGGUGUUAAUGUGCUGGAGACGAGCAAUCAUACACUCGAAGCAGAAACCAGUGAAGCAAGGAAACUGCUGCAGGAAGCGGAAGAACGGAUCGCCACGAUGGUGGAGCUGAUGAACGAGCGGGAGCAAAACAUACGCGAGUGUGAGCAUCAGAUAACGGAGCUGUCGGCAAAUCUGGCCGCUACCCAAUCGGAGCUGGAUGCACUGCGCGAGGAAAACAAUUCACUCGCGAUGGAUUUGGAAGCCACCAAGGAGCUCUGCAAUAAGCUCGAUCUGCAGAAGGACAAACUGCAGGCGGAGCUAGAGGAACACUCGAACAUCCGCGAGCAGCUGGCCCGCGAGAAGGGCACGUUGCAGAAAGAGCUGACGCUUGCACGUACCGGCGAUCGGGCAACGGUUGACGGGCUGCAGGAGCUGCUGGCCGCUAGUCGAACCGAUGUGGAGCACCAUCGUAUAGCGCUCGCCAAUCAGCAGCAGGAAACGGAAAAGCUUCGUGCGGAGGUGGACACGUUGCGGAGGCGAUUGAACGAGGAGCAGGAAACCGCACGCCGCAGUGAAGCACUGGCCAGCGAGUAUAGUGUGCAGCUGCAAGAGCUGAGACGCCGCAUCACGGACGAACGGUUCGCACAGAUACGGUCCCGCGCUGGGGAGUCGACGGAGCGCGAAGCUGACGAGCAAGAUGACGAGGACGACUGCAACAGGUACUCGACGAUGUAACAUUCCGCGCUAGGAGGGAUAAGCGUUUUAGUAUAAGCUUUUAUAUUCCAUUUUUUCUAACUCGAACGUACUGAUGAACCCAUGGCGCUAGAAUUAGGCGGUACUUAGAGGCAGCGAAUAAAGCAAGCGAACCACCUUCCAAAGAAAA